AGUCCCAAAAAUGUGUGAAAAGGGGGCCAAGAGGUAGGCAGGCGCCGCGUUGAGGCAGCGCUCCUGCCAGCCCCCCUCCGAGUUAUCGGUGCUGCAGCCGCGGCGCAAGCGGGGGCUGGGACCGAGCUGCGGGGCCGCAGUGGCGGCGGCGACCGAGGCGGCGGCGGCGGCUGGGAGGCCGCGGCGCCAUGGGGGGGCCGUAGGAGCGGACCGCGGGGCCGGAAGGGGGCAUCGCGGCGGCGCCGGCGGCUGCGGGGUUAUCUCCGCGGCCGCGAAGGCAGCAUCCGCGCCGUUGCGGGUGGCUGAGCCGGCGGGCGGGGCGGGGCGUGCACCAGGGCCGCGGGCGACUCGCGCUGUAGCAGUUGGCCUCAGGGCCCCGCCGCCCGCGCGCCCGCCCGCCCGCCCGCAGGGCGGCGCACGCGAAGGAGGCGGCGGCCGCAGAAGGAGGCGGGGAGCUCGGAGCAGGAGGUGAGGAGGUGGAGGACCAAGAGUAGGCGGCAGCGGCGGCGGCGGAGGAGGAGGCGGUGGUGGAGGUGCGCGGCCUGAAGAGGAGGAUGGAGGAGCAGCAGAAGGAGGGCGAGGCCGAGGUCGCGGAGCACUGGUUUUCCAAGUGGGAGCGCCAGUGCCUGGCUGAGGCCGAGCAGGAGGAGCAGCUGCCCCCCGAGCUGCAGGAGGAGGCGGCUGCAGAGUUGGCAGGGCUCAAGAGCGAGAAGCAGAAGCUGUGGCACCUCUUCCAGAUCUCGGCCACCGCCGUUGCUCAGCUUUACAAGGAUUCUGGGUGCCAACAGCAGGGACUUUCCAUGUGGGACCCCUUCCAGAAUGCGGCCAUGGCCGUGACCAGCCUCUACAAAGAGAGCGGGGAUGCCCACCAACGAAGUUUUGACUUGGGUGUCCAGGUUGGCCACCAGCGUCGCAUCAAAGAUGUGCUGGAGUGGGUGAAAAAGGGCCGGAGCAUCAUUCGUCGCGAAGACUUGAUUAGCUUCCUGUGUGGCAAAGUGCCCCCAGCUCCUCCUCCACCUCGCACUCCUAGGACACCCCCGAAGCCACCCACUGGGGUCCCCAGCCAGGCUGUGGCAACUGAGUCCAGCUCAUCGGUGGACGUCGACCUGCAGCCCUUCCAGGAGGCGAUCGCCCUGCAUGGCCUCAGUGGUGCUAUGGCCGGCAUCAGCAUGCGAUCGGGAGACUCGCCUCAAGACAGCGGUGUCGCCAGCAGUGGGCGCCGAAAAAGUAGCUUCUUGGAGGACGACUUGAAUCCCUUCGACUCAGAGGAACUGGCCCUCCACCUGGACAGUGGGGGGAUCCGCAAGCGCACCUCGGCCCAAUGCAGUGAUGGCAUCACAGACUCCCCACUCCAAAAGCGCAACCGAAUGGUCUAAACUGCCUCAUUGGUUGCCUGCUGCCAUAUUGCUUGAGAGUGAACUCAACCGUCGACACGCUUGUCUAAAGGUUACUGGAGACCAUUUUUCUUCCCUUCUCUAAGUUAAACAAAGAUUUCUAACAAUUUUGCCAUAAAGAAACUUUAAAAGUAUUCCAGAAGAGGCUUCAUAUGACUCUGACUUUCCAAAAAAUAUAAUCCUAGCAGAGAACAAAUAUGUAGUAGUUAGCAGGAUCAUUUAAAGCAAACGUAUCUGGUCAAGGCAGGAGUCUGAUUUAUCUUGUUCACAGUUAUAUUCCUCAGCACCUAGCACAGUUCCAGGUGCUCAAUAAAUGUUCAUUGAAUGAAUAAAUGUGACCUUAUUUAUUCUUAAAGGGAAGUCAUAGCAGGUGUUUACUUGGUUAUAGAAUACUUUUUUCUUUGAUAAUUGUUGGCUUUAAGGUCUUUGCCAAUUCAAUUGCAUUGUAUCAAAAUGUAAAACUUGACAUCUUUGUGAAAUCUGGAGUCUUCCAUUUUUACCUCACUAUACCAUGCACCUAAUUUCUAGAAAGAAACUGCAAGUAAUACAUAUUAGGCUGUGAUUUUUUUAAGUUUGAAAAAUUGUUGAUUUUGGUGAUUAUGUGAUGCUGCAAAGAGGUGCUGUGGUGGUUACGCAGGUAUUACUUGAUAUUGAGUCAAUUCAGUGCUCUUUUGGGGAAAACUAAACCAUCAACUGAGACCCUGACAAGAUGGUGGCCCAGUGGUGCUCUUUUUUCUUAGGAAUGUAAAAAUUCCUUUUUCUGAGGUUGCAUCUUUUUUAUGAUCUCUGUUUUGAAGUGGAAGACCAAGUAGUCAGAAUGAACUUCUGGGUUUUUUUUAUUUUUUUUUAAUUUUUUUAAGACGGAGCCUCGCACUGUUGCCCGGGCUGGAGUGCAAUGGCGUGAUCUCGGC